AUGGCCGAAACGGAAGCGGGUGCCCUCGUGGUAGCCAACGGCGAGCAGCUCAAGCAGCAUGCUACACAUGAGGUUUCGCAAUACCCGCCGACGAGCCUGGACACGGAGCCCGACUGGUGCACGACCGCCCGGGAGCUCCUCUUGAACGAUCAGGUGCAGAAGGCGCUGAAGGUCGCAGAUCGAGGCUUGCGGACGGCGAUCAAAGCAAAGGACAAGGGCCAAGAGGCACGUGCUCGACAAAUGCAGGCCCUGAUACUCAAUGAGAUGUCGCAGCAAGACCCCAUGGACAUCGUCGAGGUGACAAAGAACGCCACGAAAGCUCUGAAGGCCGCUGGUGAUCCUCGCGGUGAGCUGUGGACCUUGCGCCUCCAGGCGCUGCUCCUCGCUGAGGUUCUGCAGAUCGAUGAAGCUCUGGCGGUGGUCAAGAGGAUGCAGGUUCUUGCCAACGAGAGCUCUGACUUGGGGCAAGAGGCCGUGGCGGAAUUGACCCAUUCUGAGGUCUGCAUUGCUGCAGGGCUGCCCCGGUAUGCAGAAGGCAAGGAUGCUGCAAAUGCGGCGUGGCGCCUCUAUGGCCGGGCCAAUGACCGCUGCGGCCAGGGUGCAUGUCAGCUGGCGCUGUCUGACUUGGCCCGCAUGGAUGGCGAUGCUGACGAGUCUUUCCAGGCACGGGCCGUCAGGGGUUCAGAACGCUGA